AUGUACAAAAUGCAUUCUCUAAAGAUCGUGCCGAUUAUGAAUCUGUUCAGGUGCAAAAGAGGAUUUAAGCAUUCGAAGAAAAUUGAACAAUUGAAAUUUAUCUAUUUUGUUAAAGGAUUCAAAAGCAGUUCUGAUAAAUUCCAAGGGGAAGAAAUAAAUAAUGCAGAAUUGAAGGAAGACGAAGAAGAAGGAGAAAAGAAGAAAUACUUCAGCAAUCAUAGAUACGUGGACUUCUAUCGAGAUGAAUCAAUGAAUGUUGGAAUUAUAACUUUUAAAAACAUAAAUAAGAAAAAAAAUAUCUUUAACGAUUUUUUAGAAGAAUUAAAAAAUGUUAUAGAACACAUCACCAACAUCAUAUCGAAUCAGGAGAGCAGUGGGUUCUAUAUAAAAGACUUUGAGAGGAAAGACAAUUACUUAAUUCGAAAUAUAAAAAAUAGGAUCCCAUACUAUGAUAACAAGUUAAAGGUACUCAUAAUAAGUGGUGAAUCUAGUGGGAGUAACCGCGAGAGUGUUAGGAGCUGCUUUCUGCACGGCAUGGAUUACAACUCUUUUCUGAAAAAUGAUGAACAAAACAAUGCACAUAUUGCAAACACAUUUCGCUAUCUAUGCAACACAAUUCAAUCGUUACCUCUUAUAACAAUUAGCAACAUUAAUGGGGAAUGUUAUAACAGUGGGAUUGACAUAAUUUUAUCGACUGAUUUCAAAAUUUCCAGUGAAGAAAGCAGAUUUGGAUUUAACAAAACACAUAUCGGAUUGUAUCCAUAUGGAGGAUGUACACAAAAGUUAUUUAGGUACAUUCCCUUAAACUAUGCAAAACAUUUAUUACUUACUGGAGAAACAAUAAGUUCAGAGGAUGCAGUAAAAAUUAAUUUAAUAGACAUAUGCAUGAAGUGUAAUGAAGAAUAUUUUAUUAAUAAUUCUAAUACCCAUUUUGAUAAUAAUUUAACGAAAAAAGAAAAAUUUGAAAUUAUAAAAAAAAAUAUUUUAAAUUACUUUCAAGACAUUUUCACAUAUACAUUAUUUAAACACAAAGUAAAUGAAGACAGUUUUAUUUUCUCUCUUUUUUUUGCAUUUCAGUUUUUAUUUAUCCCAACCAAUAUUUUACAAAAUAUUAAAUUCAGCAUCAUUGAGGGCAUGUCUCUCACUGACCCCAAUUUGUAUUUGGAUCACGACAGGAAUAUCUUUGAGAGGAACAUCAACGCUCCCCAGCGUGCUGAGGUUUUGGAUUACAUAAAGAGGACAACCAGGUGA